AUGGCAGGGACAUCAACGUCCGAGACCCUUUCGGUCUCAUCAUCAACCACCAACGUCACACGGACCGUCCAAGACCUAGAUCUCUCAGAAAAACAGAUCGGAGACACCGAGAGCAGUCAUUCAAAAGAAAGCAAAGAUGAGGUCAGAAGUAUCCAAGGCUGGCGAUGGCUCGCAGUCUGUAUCUCGGUCUACAGUACAUGUCUCCUAUACGGCCUUGAUACUACAAUCGCAGCAAACAUUCAGUCAAAUGUGGUAGAGACAUACGGCGCAGUUGAGAAGCUGGCUUGGCUCGGUACAGGCUUUUCGCUGGGAUCAAUUGCGGUUAUCAUGUUUGUGGGUAAAGCGUUCGGUAUCUUCAACCUUCGCACAUUAUAUCUUACAUGUCUGGUCAUGUUCGAGGCGGGCAGUGCGCUGUGUGGAGGAGCACCUAGUAUGAAUGCCUUGAUCGUUGGCCGUAUCUGGGCUGGUAUGGGUGGUGCUGGUAUCUACCUUGGAGCACUUAACACCGUUGCAAUCUUUACUACCAAUGCCGAACGGUCUAUUUACAUUGGCUUGAUUGCGCUUUUCUGGGGCUUGGGAUGUAUCCUAGGACCAAUUAUUGGAGGUGCCUUUGCCGAUAGUGCAGCAACAUGGCGAUGGGCUUUCUACAUCAACCUAGUCAUCUGCGGCGUCUUCGCACCAACAUACUACUUUAUGCCCUCCCACGACCCACAACCCACCAAGUCCCUCCGCGACAAACUCCGCGACUUGGAUUGGGUCGGCACAGUCCUCAACGCCAUAGUAUAUGUCACAUUCGUGCUCGCCCUCACCUUCGGUGGUGCAACCUGGCGCUGGGGAGCUGGCGGCACUAUCGGUCUCUUCGUCGCCUUUGGAGUCAGUCUAAUCGCGUUUUCCGUACAACAGACAUUCUCAAUUUUCACCACACCAGAGAACCGCAUUUUCCCCGUCGAUUUGUUGCGCAAGCCUGUCAUGAUUUUGUUGUAUGUUGUGACUGCUUGUUCCGCGACGGCGCUGUCGUUGUCAAUUUAUUACAUCCCCGUCUAUUUCCAGUUUGCGCAUGGUGAGAAUGGAAUUACUUCCGCUGUGAGGUUGCUGCCGUUCAUCAUCUUGUUUGUGUUGUUUGUGAUGCUCAACUCGAUCGUUAUGCCGCGCACUGGUUGGUAUUUGCCCUGGUUCAUCUUCAGUGGUAUUUUCAUCACCAUCGGUGCCUCGUUGAUGUACGCCCUUGUCGACAGCCAAACUAGCAACAGCGCCAUAUACGGAUACAGUGUAUUCCUGGCGCUUGGUGUCGGAAGUGCUUGUCAAGCAGCAUACUCCAUCGCCACGGCCAAGGUCGAUGCACACCGCACUUCCGAUGCCGUGGGAUUCAUCAACUCGGCUCAAAUCGGUUCGAUCACAAUCGCGUUGGCCAUCUCCGGUACGGUUUUCCAGAACGUCGCAUAUCAGAAUAUUGCAGAUGCCACAGCUGGGUUGGGCUUUUCAUCGGCCGAUAUCGAGGCUGCGAUUGCUGGCGCAAAGAGUGUCAUUUUCAGUGAUACUACGGCUGAGGUCAGGGCAGCUGUUGUUGAGGGCAUUGUCAAUGCUAUUCGGGAUGUUUAUAUUAUGGCUAUUGCGGCUGGCGGRUUGGGKACAGUGGCGGCAUUUUUGCUUCCUCGUGAGAGAUUGUACAUGGAAAUGACUGCGGGUGGUUAA